CAAGUAGUAUGACUUACUCGAUCAGAAAUACGUACAGAUAUCUUCCGUCGGCCAGCUCGACAUCCUCUAAACCUCAGAAGUCCAUUUAGCUUUAAAACGUGGAGAACUGAUCCACAAACAAAACUGCGAGACGCGCGACGAAUGCCAAGUAGUUCAGCACGGGUGUAUGUUAUAACUCGAGUAUUUAUAUGCAAAUCCAAGAUAUUCGGUAGAUUUUCAUCUCGCCUCUUCAAAUGAAAGUCAGUCAGGCCUACAGCUAGUCGAAAACCUGGCUACCCUGAUAGUUAUGGAUUCAAAAUCAUUUUGUACGUUUUUGAUAGAUGGUAAGCUUUUAGCCAUUUCUUGAGAAGUAGAUAACUGUCUAAUUUUGACACGUACUAAGAAGAGCUUUGCAGUUCCUUGGUGUAACUUCCAGCACUGUUCCCGCUUAAUUGUUUCUCUUGUAGGGAGGUGUGGUCAUUGUAGACAGUCCGGGCAUUGGCGAUUCGAAGCAAGUCUGUAACAUUGCGUUGGAGUUUUUGCCACAAGCCUUUGCCUUUAUCUACGUAAUCAACAGUCCGAAUGCCGGAGGAGUUCACGACGACAGGGUAAGUUGAACAUAGCAGCCAUUUUGUAGUGACGUGCUCGUCUUAAGAAAGUAGGAAAAAACGUUUUGGAGUCCUUUAUACUUAUGCUCAUCCCAGUUUCAAAAGGAUUCUUAUACAAGCUGGUUCAUUGACGUUAUACCAUACCUACCGGAGGGAUGGACAGACCGAAGCGUAGCAUUUGCGUUUUGAGGGAAACUUUAAUUACCUUCCAGUGAGGCAGGACUGGAAACAAGAAUUUCUGAAAACGAGAGGGUACAAAGUUUCGGUUGGAUCCGACCGACCGGAGAAAGCACCAUUAGAAUUGAACCUGCGCUUUUAACGAAAAAUUUUUCAGGUGCACCAAUGGGAAGCCUCUCUUGUAUAUUUGGACCAAUAUUUCAAAAACAAUGGUUUGGUGUUUUAUUUUAUUUUAUUUUUUUAGCUCAUGCGUAUUGUGAGGGAAUGGAAAAAACUCUACGGAGAAGACAGAUGUAAGGGCCUCACUUCCGAGUCUGCUUUAUUCGUGUGCAACAAGUGGGACGACGUGGAAAGGCUAACAAAGACCAGUCCGUCAGACAAAGAAAAAAUUAAAAAUGAAAUCAUCUGCAAACUUAAGAAGGAAAUCCCUAACCUAAAUGAGAAAUCCCAGGUAAUUGAAAUGUCAGUCUUCACUGCGGCCCAAAUCCAGCAGAGGUUCGAUGUGAUGAGUGAUGAUUUAAGCAGUCUAAUAAAUGGACUACGACGCCUUCUUCCAGUUUGUCUCGAGAAGAAAACCGAGCACUUCUACAGGUAAUUUGAUUUUUUCGGGAGUGAUUAAUAUGAAUACCUCUUCAGUCGUCAAUAUUCCUAGUUUCCGUGUGACAUCACCGUAAUUUAAAAUCGAAACUUGCCAGUUCUUCUAAGUUCAUUAUCUUCGGACAUAAAAUCCCCUAAAACUCUUUAAAUUUUUUUUUUUGGAUCAAUCAAACGUCAAUUAAGUGCGGCGGAAGAAGUAAAGGCGUUUCCUGUUAUAGAGCUGCAACGUGGAAAAAAACAGCAAAAAGAAAUAACUUUGAACAGUUAAUUGCGGGAUUUUCUCCGUGUUAAGGUGUGAAAAUUUGGUAAACAGCUGAAACUAUCAACAGCACAGAUCGGCAGAGACUUUUUAAAAGAGUUUUGAGCUAUUUAUUAAGCAGACAUAAUCAUUCACUAAACCCUUGUUAGUAUCUACAGUUACAGAAAAUAUGUGAGGAUAUUUGUAAGACUUACGGACAUUAGUGUCCGUUUAACAUGGGGUCCUUUUACUGGCAGACUUCACCGUAUUUUAAGCUGAAACCAACUUUUCUUUCACAAUUCACCAGACUGAAUAGUGGCUGUCUCAUGUCCUUAUCGGACCAGGUGAAAGGUGAAGUUAACAAUGCAAAACGGACCCAAGAAGAUCGACUCAAAACUCAAAAGGACGUUGAAGUGAAGCUGCAAAAACUCAAGGACGGCGCCUUCAUAAGGGAGACUGACGAAGCACUGUCCAAGCACGUGAAGAAUAUUUCCGCGCAAGUCAAGUCCUAUUUACAACAGGAUGAAGUAAGAAGCGCGUUUUGCACGUGGGAAGAAAAGGAUUUGCCGCAAAUCGACGACAGUCAACGAGCGAAUGUGGAAAGACUGAAAAAUAUUUACAAGCAAUGUCUUGAGCAACGGUUCGAAAAAAUUCUACAGACACUGGAAAAGAGGGAACAGCUAUUUUCCAAAGCUCACGCUGACCUUGAGCAGAGAUUUCGUCAAGGUUUCUUUGAAUUUGAGAAAGACGUACGAGAUAUCGAUCAGGUCCUUGUUGGCGAAUCUACGGACGAAGUAUUAUUGCAAUUUGAAGACCGUUCUCCCUUGGAUGCAAGAGUUAAGAAAUUCAUUUUCCUGACAAGCGUCGUUUUCAUGCCAGUUCUGUUCCCCAUUGGUUUGGCUGCAGGUGUCUUAUCCGCGCCGGUAAUUGGAUAUUUGGCCGUCGACAGAAUCCUGAACGAAAGUAAGCUGAGAAACGAUCCCUGCCAAGUCCUAAAAGAACUAUCCACGCUUUUCCUUCAUAGAAACAUUGAUCAAGUAAUUUCCGAUCGAGUUUCGCAAGAAUUUACAGAAGAGGGGGGACGCAUAUCUAGCAUCAAGAGAUGCUAUAAGGAGCUGCUUGAGAAAUAUGAGAAGAAAUGCCAGGAUCUCACCAAAAGCGAAGAUGAAGAUACACGAGAAGGAACUGUCGAGAAACUUAGUCCUUUGUACGCAAAGCUUGAGGAAAUAAGUCAAAACCUAACCUUUGAUGCCAUUCAGCAUGGUAUACGUGUGAUGUCUCCUUCCUGCGAAAUCGAAAAAAGGAGGCUUUCUUACGAGACAAAAAUCGGAGGAGGCUCUUACGGUGAAGUUUACAAGGGAAAGAUCAGCCUUGCUGGGCGUCAAAAAGAAGUAGCUGUCAAGAAGCUAAAAGUACCUCCUCAGGCGUCAAACGUUGCCCCCUUCCUCAGAGAAGCAGACAUACUGAUGUAAGCGAGUUUCGUCAUAGAGUAGUUAAUUCCCCUAGAAUUAUAGUCGAUUCGCCUCAGUUGACGACUUUAUUCGUGGCUGAUUGUCUGGGAAAGGAAGUUUUGGCUGGCUUUGGAAAAAAAAAAGGGGCAAAGAUGAAGGGCAAUCGGGGCUGUCCUUCGUGUUCUCAAACGCGACAUGCUACGCUCUCCUUCAACGUCGUUCCCAUGGUGCAACUGAAUCCCUGCCAACUGGCAUUAAAUAUUGAACUAAGAGACAAAGUAUAAUUAACCUUUCUGAGAAAAAGGCAACGUUCUUUCCCUGUAAACGUCGUUGGUAAACCAUGUAAAGAUCUUCCAGUGUGACUAAUGAGUUGUACUUAAAUGUGCUCAGUGAUAAGAGAGUGAUCAUUACUUGGUUGUUAGGCAUGUCGGCGGCUAGGAAAUAUAAUUUUAAAAUGUACGUCAUAAACUUUUAUCUCAAAGUUAAUGGAGAUUAAAAUAUUUUUUGCAGGAAACUAAAACACGCCCAUAUAGUGGAGUUCUAUGGAGUAGUUAUGGAUGUCCAGAACAACCAGCUGAGAUUCUUGGCCCUCGUCUUUGAGUUGUGCAUGACAAGUCUCAAGAAUCACAUCUUCACAAACGAGAAAAAUAUACCGUGGAGGACAAAGAGCACAGCCAUUAUCACAUGCCGAUGGGGCGUUGAGAUUUUAGAUGCCCUGGAAUUCAUUCACAGCAAGAAAAUCGUUCAUCGGGAUCUCAAGCUUGAAAAUGUUUUAGUAAGUCAUUUCAAUUAUUACAUGUUGCAAAUUUCCCCCUGUAACCAUUCAAACCGUGGACGCAAAGGAUUGAUCCUCCAGUGUGCAAUGCUUUUUUGUGUACUACACUGGGCCCUUUGUUCUAGAUCUGAUUAGGCAGGUUGUCCAUUACUGAAUCUAUAUAUGUUAAAAGAUGUUGUUAAAGACGUUCUGUGUUGAAUCAGCUCUAUCUGUUUAUUUGCUUAUUUAUUUAAGCUAUACCCGUUCUGCUCCGUGACUUGCUUUUGACGUUUACGGUCAAGCCAGGUCGAUUUUACUAAAGUGUUGUGUUCAUCUGUGAACGAGCUCCAGCAAAAGUCAAAUACUUCUCCAAGAGAAGAGUAUAUUCCACCAAUUUUGACUGUUUUGUUAGAGAUUCAUCGCGUUUACAUUUGACCUUCGUGGCCUUUUGUCCUUUUGUCUGUCAUUCGUAAACAAUAGCUAAAACAAUGCAACUACUCCGUCGACCAAUCGGCGUUUCUGACCGGAUUCCGGACAGAUUUUACGGCGUCAGUAUGGAAUUUCUGUCGCUGAGUCGCAGACGUUAUUCCUCGCGAAACGUCCUUAACGGCGAAGGAUGAGAAGAAACGGGUGUUUUCGAAGGCUAUUAAAACGUAGGCUAGUCGUCCACACGACCGGAUUAAACCUAUUAAUUACACUUUUUCAAAUAGCCGCCUCUCGUCGUGCCCCGCCACGAAACAUCCCCAGCGACUGUGAGUGAAGAGAGGCGGUUGUAUUUGCAGGCUAUUUGUCAAGCAGUACCGAAAAAUUCAACCAAACUACUUCGACAAAAUGUUAGCUUACGAGUUCUUAUCACUGAUAAAUAAAAGAGUUUUAACCUUAUUUGUUCACCCUUAGCACUUGUCGGGUACAUAUCACUUUACAGGACUGUAACAACAGGUACAUACGCGUCGUAUUUGAAAGGAAAUAGCCAGGAGAAUAGCUCUUUCUGAUCAAACUGUAGUAACCUAAGUAAAAUUCAUUCGUUUCAUUCUGCUGCUUAAGUUGCAUAAAACUUAUUUUGCCUCACUUGCACUUUACACUCAUUCACAGAUUGCCAAGAAGGAGCAUAUCAAAGUGGCAGACUUGGGGCUGGCCACCUUUAGAAACCAGAUAACAGGAACAUAUUGUGGCACACCAUGGUACAUGGCUCCAGAGAUACGCGAAAAUAAAAUCUACGAUUCCAAGGUGGACAUGUACAGCUUCGGAUUGAUGAUGUGGGAAAUGUGGUUUGGUGAAAGAGUUCGUUCUGAACCGAUCUCCUUGAGUCAAGACAAGGUUACCCGACAAAUCAACGAGAGGAAACAACGCGCCGAAGGACGCGGAGACACUCGCCACCCUCCUCCUACAAAAUGGAUCGAAUUGAUGGUGUCCCUUUGGAAUGCUGAGCCAUGCGUGAGGAAAACGGCCACAGAAAGUAAAGAAUUGAUGAUGAAGUUAAACACUCCGUGAAGGAGGAAUAGCGAUUUUAAACUGAUAAAAGCAUCCUCGUUAAUAUUCUCUUUUUUUAUGUUCACAUUGCGAGUCGUGACGACCAUUUUGUGUCAAUUUUUGAUGCAGUAUAACUUAAGGUCAAACGCGUAACACUUACAACAGACGUAACGGAUCGUUUUGAUCGAUUGCCCGGUAGAAUUGGCCAGAAAAAAUUGGUCUGAUUUUUAAAAAUGAAAUUCUGCCGUCUAUAAACCUCUACGAGCAUUGGGGGUGUUGCGGGGGAGGGAAUGUAGCAGAACGUUUGUAAUGCGCUCCUUUCAAAUGGAAUUAAGAAAUCCUCUCGACUAUUUCAGCCAUGGUAAACUAUAAUUUAGCUUGUAUGAAGUUUUGAUUUGUGAUUGUUAGAGUUAAAAACCUUUCAUAAAGGGUAAAAAUAUUCUCAUUCAAUUAGCCUUGUUUUUGUCACAUUUUUACGUACUAUUUGAAUUUUAGUUCAGUUAACGGGACUGUUUUCUAAAAGCCAAUAAAAAACAAGAUUCCACUUUGUUCAUUAUGCUAACAAUAUUCGAGCAUUUUAGAGGGAGAUUCACGGAAAAACAUUUUUGCUGAGAAAAAAAACCGUUUCCCCACAAUACAGCUGUGUAAAAGAAACUUUUUUGUUGUGCUAUUAAAAAUUAUAAUAAAGUUGAGAUAUAACGCGCACUCUGAUUGGUUGAAAGAGCAUGGUUUAUGAGAGUAUAAGUCACGGACCUAAGGCUGUAACGCCAUCUGUGAAUACCACCAUGCUGUGGUUUUCAAGACCAAAGUUUCGCGUUUCAGGGUUAAAAGACACAAAUGGAAAGGGAAAGUUCAAAAGAAUGUUCAGUUUUCUUUUUGUGGAUGAGGAAAGCUUUUGGUUACGAAAUCGUCUUUUGACGAAUUCAACAAUGUUUUCUUCAUGGCGGAGCACAAAAUGUCCUGUUUUGAAAUUCAUUCACGGCAACAAAGUUUUGGAAGACUAAUUUAAGCAUUAAAGAGUGGGGAAAAAACACUCGACUAAGUCUCGUAUUUCCUCCUACACUUCUUCCUAACCUGCGUAGCAGGCGUCGAAAGGGGUAAGGGGAUAUGAGGACGAAAGGGAAAUAGGAAGGGGGAUUGGGGAGAGAGGGCAAGGGACGCCUGCUAUAAAAACCCCCCUUUGUUCAUUUCUGCGAACGCUGGCGUCCGUAAAUUCCAAUCUUGUUCCCAGGGUUCUCUCCUACUCGCCUCUACAGAGCGAAAGAGGGAGAGAGAGAGAGAGAGAGACGGGUAGGAGAGAGAACCUGGGAACGAGGUUGCGUAAAUUCCUGAUUGACUGAGCCGUAAUGAGUAACUUAUUGGCGUGUAUCCUGGCGUGUAUUAGUGUGUAAAUCUGCUUUUCACUCAAUUAGAUCAAUUUCAAUUAGAAAUUAAGUUUCUCAGUAUGGAAAACGCUAAGACUUCAGUGCACGCUUUUGUGACUUCUAAGUUAGAUAAUUAUAAGGCACUCUCGUCUGGCCUGCUUAAGUAUAAGAUCCAGCGCCUGCAAUACGUGAUGACCUCUGCCGCUAGGCUAGUUACAUUGUCUAGGAAGCAUGAUCACAUAUCGCCAGUACUAAUGGAGCUUCAUUGGUUGCCAGUUGAGCAGCGCGUAGAAUUUAUGAUCUUGUUAUUUACAUGUAAAGUGGUAAAUGGUAUUAUAUCUCCAGGAUCUAUUGGACCUUUAUAGACCCUGCCGUAGCCUUAGAUGAGGAAACAUGCAGCUUCUGAAGACACAAUCUUAUAAUUUAAAAUCGUACGGGUUCAGGGAAUUUUCUAUAUGUGCCCCCAGCUUUGGAAUGCCCUUCCUCGGGAGCUAAGAGAGUGCGAUUCUAUAGUAGUUUUAAGAAAGCCCUGAAGACGUUUCUUUUCAUAAAGGCUUAUCGUUGAGUAAAACUAAGACAAACCUUUUUAUGAACGUAUGUUAGAGACUGGUCCCAAGCUUUUGAGAUUUUAAUUAAGUCAUUUUUUUCUAAGGCAAUUUUCAAUUUUUUAUUAAUGUGAAGCGCUUGUUGCCUACGUGCAGUCGUCUGCUAUUUCUUUUGUUGCACUUUUCCGAGUGCAACAAAGGAAAUAGACGACGUCUACACGCAGGCAAAAGCGCUUGUGGACUCUUAAGGAAUAAGUUCUAUAUAAAUAAAUUGUUAUUGUUAUUGACAAACAUGAUGCAGACAUUAAGGAAAUGUGUUUUGCUGGUAUAAGCUUUGGAAGAUCAAAAUUACUCCAAUCACGUAGAAACCUUACGUUAAAACCCGAAUACAACUGUGAUAGCUUGUUUCUGUUGUUUAGCAGGCAGAGAUGUUCAGGAAAGUUUGGAUACUAGAUUUGUCCAAACAUCAAGCGGCGAUUUAAGGCAAUUGCGAUUCUUGCCAGACAUCUGCAAUGCUGACAUUCACAAGCCCGCCUUUUGCGCAAAUACAUAUACCGUCGCAUGGUUUUUCAAAGAACUCGUAAAAAACUAUCGGUUAAGCUUUUUGACAAUUGUUUAUAAUUCCCCUUUCAUUAUUCGCGUCUCAUGCUAGCAACUGUUCUGUUCUUUGUGACCAUGGUGUUUGAUGAGGUAAGACCAAAGGUCAUGUGUAUUCACACGACACUGAUCAUUGUUUGUCGUAGACUGCGAGCAGUAAAAAAAAGAGAAACUCCACGUAGUCUAGAUUUGUUGCGUUUGCUGCAAGAACAAAAAUGUUUUAUUUCGCUCGAUUAUGAUAUCACAUAAAAAAGGCGUCUCGACUUGACAAUUUCCGGUUUAUCAAAGUAAUUAAGCUCGGACCAAGCUGAGAAGCCCUCUACUUGUGAUAGGUCUCGUUUGACAGUUGACGUUAUCGGAUUAGUUGAGAAAAUGGUAGGCGGAAAACGAAAACACCGGUUCUUAUAGCAGGCGCUCCCUUCCCUUUUAAUACCCCGAUUUCGAACUUUUCUCCCUCCCCCUCCCCCUGCCCUUUUUGCACCUGCCGCGCACGCUACUUCUUUCGUGCUCUAGCCGCUUCCUGCGCGCUUUACAUCAGAACAAAGCACAGUCAACGCUUCUUUAUUAGUAAACUACUAUACUUUGUUGUUAUACCUCUUAUACAUUUCUGUCAGCCCUCUUAAAACGUUGACAAUCAAUACAAAAAAGCCUCUCCACGAGGAGCAUUAUCCGCUCAUUGUAAUGACUUGUACUUUUUGGGGGUGACUGAGCAUUUUAGUGGGAAAAAUGGAACAAUAAGAUGGAUCAUUUUAGUGAGGAAACAAAAGCGUUAUAUGCAAAACCCGUAAACAUGGGUUUCUGUAGGAUAUAUUGUUUGGCCAAAUUUUGCCACAAUUAGGUACCCGUGUAUUGAGAUAGUCAAACGCUGCUAAAAUGCGGCCGAAUGGUACAGUUGUACUUUUGCCACUGGCUUCGGAUUUUCUCCCAUUCGGCUCUGAUUCCAGCAAUCCUGAGCUUGGCUCGGUCGGCUGGUUUUCUCGUGCCGGAUUAACACUGACUCUGUAGCGCCCUCGACUUGAGUACGAUAAAAAAGGGCAUCCGAUAAUUUUUCUUUUUAGAGGGGACGCAUGUCCAACAAGUUCACUCAGCGUUUGGGAUAAAUCAAGAGAGAGAAAACAGUACAGUACAACCCAAAAAACGGCCAUAAAUCGGCCCAUGGAGCACACAGGAGAGAUGUAACACACAUUUUAUGUAAGGUAAGCUGUUUCUUAUUGAAAUCCUAUUAUUUUCGUAGGUUACGGAAAUGAUAGUUUUUUUCAAGAGAGGAUAAAGAGGGCAGGGAAGGCAUCCUCCAUACACAGCCUAUUCGAUAGGUAAUUCGUCUCGAGUUAUUUUUAAGACCACAGAUCCCGAGGGGGAUUAGAGAACAGCCAAUCACGUAGCGCGAAUGUGUUCCGCGUGGAUGACCCACGCUCAGAGCCACGCGUCCUUCACGAAUUGACGCAAAAAAAAUAGCAGCAGACGUGGAGAGCGAUAUUGCUAUUCGUUUUGUCGACGAAAAUGACUAAAGAGAGAUUUCUGCUAAAGCUGUGCCACCCAAGCGGAAAUUAAAAAAGAAUCGCCCUUCCUCUCUUGUAUAGAGCUAACAGUACAGCAGGGAAAUCCUUAACACACUGAAUAUUCUCUCAGGAUCAUUUAUAAUUUACAGUUUGAAGAGAGCAGUUUCUGGUUUGAUAUUUAUUCUUUUAAUAGUCUUUUAUUAUUCAACAAAAAUAACACUUUGCGUCCUACUUGCUUUAUUGUACAAGCGACCGGUUUCAAUAGACCGGCGAAAUUUCUCAUUUUAUUAAAGCACUGAGGUUACGACAACUUCGAGUUAAACUGAUUUCACGGGUUGUCAAAGAGUCCAGCGAUUCCCUUUUCCCAGGUGAGCGGCGACUCAUUUCACUUCAAUAUUCAGAAAUGCUCUCGAUCUCUUCACGUUUUCUUUGCCUUUCGCCCGACAUGUUUUGCACGGCGUUUAGUCAUGCGAAUCAUCCACGUAACGAGCGAGGUAACUUUAUCCCAAUUCUAAAAAUAACUCGAGGCGAAUUACCUAUGGAAUAGGGUGUGUAUGGGGUAUGCCUUCUCUGUCAACUUUAUCCUCUCUUGGUAUUUUCCCAUACAAAUCCUUAUAUUUCAAAUGUCAUGCGACAAUGCCGAUGAUCGCCGAUGCCCAUAUUUCGAGCUUGGGCUACCUGUGAUCUACCCGUCUGGUCCUCAUGUCCAACCGCAGGUAGGAUUCCGUUGGGAAGAGGUAAAUUGAUAGGAGGAUAUUAGGGAGCUUCCCGGUUGGUACUCUCUAUGAUAGCCUAUACGGGAAGGCUCCACCUGAAAGGGGUACUUUUUUAAGGCUUCAGGAAUAUGAAAGGGUAGGGAUUUCACUGGUUGAAGUAUAUAAAAGGGUAGGGAAAUCUGUCAUUUGGGUCUGUGAAAGGGCCCAAAAGGGCUAACAGAUGAAUUUUACGGCUUUAUAAAGUCGAGAAAACGUUCUAUUUUUGUGAUUGAUUCCUAUUUUAAAGACAGUGCAUUAACAGCAGUUAAAGGAAUGCAAAGCUCUAACAAAAGUAUGUGAAAGGUGUACCAUUUUUCAAUAGAAGGUAUACAAAAGGGGUACCUUUUUCGUGAAAAAUGGUAUAUAAAAGGGUGACGGGUUGGACCUCGGGCCGAGCCUCCUGGUAUAAACAUUUGUUGAGUACCUCUCCCCCCGGGGGAGCUUAAGCAACAUCGAUGGCGACGGCUACGAAAACGUCACUUAAAAAGUGAAGUCGCGCUGCUUCAAACUUUAGAUCGCUUAUUCCACCUCGUUCAAUUCGUCAAAUGUUGGCAAUUUUUACAAAAGUUGAAUUCUAACAGAAUUCAGAGAAAGAAAAAGCAACUCGUUGCCUUGUGUUCACGACCUCCACAAAACGAGAUAUGAGGCAUUUUCAAAUUGUAGUCGAUCAGUGACGGUAAAGAAAUGUAUAAAAAGAUGUGAUGCUUAUGCAGAGACGUUGUUUGCUAAUCUAAAACCUAUAGUAUAGGCCAAUUCCGAGUUCCCCCGGGGUCUCUGUAUCAAAAGGAGGUUAAGGGCUCAGCCUUUGAUAUGGAAAUGAUUUUUCAUUCUCAUCCAAAUAAAACUCAUUUUCACAAGAAAGCUUGUGGAGUUGGCCUCAUUUUGAAAGUGAGGGUUUUUUGGAACUCGGAAGUGGCCUAUUGCUUUUUUGCCGAUCUCGUUGACGUCGCCGUCGUCGUUGCUUAAGCUCCCUAUUAUCCCAAUACCGACUGUUAUUUGCAGCCCUGCUAAUAUGUUUUUCCUUCAUUUUUGACCACUUCAGUUUUACAAUUGACUAAAUGCAGUAACUACGGUCAGUGCAUUUGGCUUCAAGUUCAAAGAAUUUGCUUGGUGUUUACCAAGGUUCAGCCUGAAGGUUCUUUUACCUGAAGUUUAUUUAAAUAUCUUUACUGCUACUGAGGGGUUUCAAGUGAUCCUCCCAGUCACAGAGGACUCACAGAGCAAAUCGAGGACAAUAUUCAGCCUGUCCCCAAAUCAUUGACUCGGGAACUUGGAACUCAGCAAAAGCCGGCUUCGAAAGUUCUGAACAAAACAGAAAAAAAAGAAAAAUGUGGAUGACUCUGUCUCUACGUAUUGUGUCUUGUGGCUCGCUAUUUCGGACCUUGUGCCGAUAGAUGCUGGGAGGUAGGAGGGUGGUUUUAGUCCUGUUUUCAGUGAAAACCUCUCUCCCUCAACAACAAAAACAACAACAACAGUGCUAAAUAUAUUAAUUACGGGCAACAAGAGGAGCCCACAAUCCUAAUCUCCAGGCUGUUAAUACAAAUGCUUCGCCUGUAUGUAGCCAGCAUUCACUUGGACUUCCACUCACAAUGAAUGGAAUGCAAGGAAGGCAAUCUGAUCACGCGAGUUUGAACCUUCUAUCACUAAAAUCUGAUCAAGCGCGUUUUGACUAUCUGUCACCAGUGAAACUUACGCAAACCACAGCAAUGGAGCAAAAGCGUUUUGACAUUCGAUCGUUGUCGCUGCACUGCGUAACGUCUGGUUAUUAUUAGUAAUAACAAUAUUUUAAAAAUGAUUAACGCUCAAGUUCCAAAAAGUGUCGUAAGAGGAAAGUAGUAAGAAAAUAAUGGUCUUUGUCUUCUUGUUGUUAUUUUAUUUAAGGUCGUUAGUUUUAACAUUAUUAUUACUCGGUUUAGAAAGAUAUUUUUUCAUUAAUCAGUAACCCUUUCUUUCAGAAAACUGCAACAUUUUCCAUUUUCCCAAAGGGGUUAACACCAUGAAUUUCGUCACAACGCUCUUUAACCCCCUCUAAGCACUUGUAACGCCUUCUAACCCCCUAUAAGCCCUUGUAAUCCCUGUAACACCUUGUAAACUCUUUUGUAAGCCCCUGUAACCCCUUGUAGCCCCCUGCAAUCUAUUGUAACCCCAUGUAACCCACGGUAAGCCGUUGUAACCCCUUGUAACCCCUGUAACCUCUUGUAACCCCUCUUAAGUCCCUCUAACCACUUGUAAGCCCCUGUAACCCCUUGUAACUCUUUGUAACCCCGUGUACCUGUUGUUACCCUGUAAGCUCUUGUUACCCCUUGUAAGCCCCUGUAACCCCUUGUAACCCCUUGUAAUCCCCUGUAACUCCUUCUAAUCACCCGAAAUCCCUUGUAACCUCUUGUAACCGCCUGUAACUCCUUCUAAUCACCCGAAAUCCCUUGUAACCUCUUGCAACCGCCUGUAACUCCUCGCAGCCCCUUU